AUGGGGAGGUACGUCUGGUGGUUCUGUUUAAGAAUGUUGGUUCUCAACCUGAGUCCACGCUGCUCCGCCGUCAUCCUGGAGUCCAUCUACUGGAAUUCUUCAAACACUAAGUACAGUACAGUCAAUUCUUCUGUAUGAAACCGCUCAAUGUUGUUGUGGAAAUAUACUGGAACUAAAUACAUCUGUUAUAUCGUCAACGUGUUGGAUUUUCAUUUACAUUAGCGACAUAGAUUGUCUAAAUACAUAUGGUGAAAGGAUUGCAGAACUGUUGUCCAGAUGUAUCAAUGUCCUGCUGUCAAAUGGAAAUCCAUAUUUUUUAUAAUAAAUAAUAAUAAUAAUAAUAAUAAUAAUAAUAAUAAUACCCAUAUUUUUCUUGCAUAGUGUUUCUGUGGUCUCAGAUUUUUAAUAGUAAAUUAAUUGGCGUGUUUAUUUAUGAUGAUUACUAAUUAGCAAAUAAUAUGAACGUCAUGGACAUUAGGCUAAUAUGCAAUAACAAAGAAAUUACUAGUGUUACCAUGACGCAAUAAAGAAAACAUACCAGUCAUUCUGGUUGUAAAACUCUCAUCUCUCUCCCUCUCUCUCUCUCCUCCGAUUCCACAGGUUCUCUCCAGGACAGGGGCUGGUGCUGUUCCCUCAGAUAGGGGAUAAAAUGGACAUCGUGUGUCCCCGGGCGAGGCCAGGGGCGGCGUGGACGGAACCGGAGUACUACCGCGUGUACCUCGUGACCAGGGACCAGCUCCACAGCUGCAGCAUCAGCCAAUCGGACACCCCGUUGCUCAACUGUGACAAGCCGGACAGAGACGUGAAGUUCACCUUCAAGUUCCAGGAGUUCAGCCCUAAUCUCUGGGGCCUGGAGUUCCUCAAGGGAAGGGACUACUAUAUCACCUGUGAGUGGAAUUAGUGGGCUGACCACGUUCUACGCUGCAGACCCAUAGGGCAGGGUUCGGAGGGCCGAAACACUUCUGUUUUUUUUUAUUUCUACCUGGUAGUUAAUUGCACUCACCUGGUGUCCCAGGUCUGAAUUAGCCCCUGAUUUAGAAGGAGAGGAUGAAAAACAGAGGUGUUUCGGCCCCCUCCAGGACCGGAAUUGAAGAACCCUGCCCCUAGGGUUUACACAACACAUAGUUGAAGUCGGAAGUUCACAUACACCUUUAGCCAAAUACAUUUAAACUCAGCUUUAACUCCCUGACUGAUGUCUUGAGAUUACACCACAUAGCUCUGCAAAGGUAGAAUUUCCGUCAACUCAAGGCACUCUUUGAAAUCAAUGCCCAUUGAAUUAAUUCAAACAAGGCAACGGUAAACAUGUCUUACCCACGAAUUACGCAGCGCCCCCCCUCCUUGGGCCAAUCGGUGGAAUUUUGUAAAUGCCGGAUCUCAACGGCGAGAUGCGUCAAUCACCCAAGUUUCAUCAAAAUCGGGCCUGUGGUGUCUGAAAUAUCGUGUGGGUUAGCGAGACUCAUAUCCCUGAGCACGUGUGCCAAAUUUCAGUCCAACAGAUCAAGAGAUAUAAACGUGUGGCCUUUAUAGCGCCACCGUGAGGUUGUAUUGAAGGUUCUUACAUACGAGUCUUGACAGUGUUUGCAACAUGUGUACCAUGGAUUAAUGUGUACCAUGGAUUAAUGUGUACCAUGGAUUAAUGUGUACCAUGGAUUAAUGUCCCAACUAACAGCCCCACCUAGGAUUAAUACCUAAAUUAUUGUUUUGUUUUUGUAUACAUUUGCAAAAAUGUCAAAAAAACCUGUUUUCACUUUAUCAUUAUGGGGUAUUGUGUGUAGAUUGAUGAGGAAAAACAAAUAAUUGAAGCCAUUUUAGAAUAAGGCUGUAACGUAACAGAAUGUGGAAAAAGUAAAGGGGUCUGAAUACUUUCCGAAGGCACAAGUAUCCAAUCUGUCUGGAGGGCUUUAAUAACACGGGUAGGGUACUGUAUAGACUAAAGACUAAACUAA